UGCUCGAUGACGAACGAUGACGAUCAAGCUCUCUCGCCUCACCGCCUCACUCCCUCUCUCUCUCUCUCUCUCUCUCUCUACUGCAAUGACUGUCUAAAUUAUCAAUCUGCUCCUUCCCUAGUGCUUCGGCUGCGGUCAUCGCAAUGUCCUCCGAUCCUCUCUCUCUCCCUCCUCCGCCUCACCGCCGCGUUGUCGUGGGGUGCGGGUCGGUGUCGUUGGAUUUCCUGGCGGCCGUGGCUUCUUAUCCCAGUCCCGACGACAAGAUCAGGACCACCGAUCUGAAGGUUCAAGGAGGUGGAAAUGCGGGAAAUGCUCUGACUUGUGCUGCUCGUUUGGGUUUAAAGCCAAGGCUUAUUUCGAAGGUAGCUGAUGACACUCAAGGCAGAGGAAUGUUAGAAGAGCUGGAGGCUGAUGGCGUAGAUACUUCAUUCUUUGUCGUGUCUCCGGAUGGUAACUCACCAUUCACUUAUGUCAUCGUUGAUAACAAAACUAAAACACGAACUUGCAUACUUACCCCAGGCCAUCCACCCUUGCUACCACAUGAACUUCCUCUAUCAAGUUUGACAUCUGCCCUUGAUGAAGCAAGAAUUGUCUUCUUUGAUGGAAGGUUUCCUGAAACUGCUUUAAAGAUUGCACGAGAGGCUGCUGCCAUGCAUAUACCAAUUUUAGUAGAGGCAGAAAGGUUAAGAGAAGGAUUGGAUGAUCUUCUGAUGGUGGCUGAGUAUGCAGUGUGCUCAGCUAAAUUUCCCAAGGCCUGGACAAAUGGAGCAUCCAUUGUAAGGGCGCUGCUUUCCAUGAUGCUGAGGCUGCCAAAUUUGCAAUUUGUUAUAGUCACCAUGGGCGAAGAUGGAUGCAUAAUGCUAGAGAGAAGCGUGGACGAUGAUUCUGACUCUGGAGAAGUGGAUGUGGACAGUUUGUUGGACUCACUGAGGCUGAAACGCCCCAAUUACACAUCACUGCCAACGUGUACUUUUUCGCCAAAAAUGAAAUUAACCGCAAAGGAGAUCGGGACUGUGAGUGGAAGGUUAUAUCUGGGUACGGCCGAAAACAUACCACCAUCAGAACUUGUUGAUACAACAGGGGCUGGGGAUGCAUUCAUAGGAGCAACUUUGUAUGCUCUCUGUGCUGGCAUGCCGCCUGAGAAGAUGUUGCGUUUUGCAGCUCAAGUGGCCGCUGCUAACUGCCGAGCUUUGGGAGCUCGAACCGGUCUUCCUCACCGGACAGAUCGAGGCCUUACUCCUUACUUACAGUAAAUUCUCUUGCAGAAAGAAAAUGAGAAUGACUCUCUCUCUCUCUCUCUCUCUCUCUCUCUCUGCAAGCGUGUGCGUGUGUGCGUGAGUGCUUUUAUGUAUCUGCAGUUUGAAAGACUGUUCCUAAUCCUGAACGUCCGAAUGUGCUAGACCACCUUGGCCGUAGGCCCUUCUUGUAAUUGACCUCAUGUUUACUAUAACUUCGUGGAGUGGAUGGUAGGUCUUUCUUUCGUGAUAAA